AUGAUCGUACGCUGCCACGGUCCGCCAGCGUCACGUGUAUUCUCACGACUUGGACGUAUUCGUACGGCUCGAACGAGGACGGCUUUGAAGGGAGUAAGAGCCUUAGACGCGGCGCAGCCUUUUGACGGCGAGAACAAGCAACGGAUGAGGGAACAUAAAAUAAAGUUGAAAAUUGGCAUUAUAGGCUUCGGCAACUUCGGGCAAUUUCUUUCGAAGCACUUCGUCGAUCAAGGACAUACAGUGAUAGCUACAUCGCGAGGCAACUAUUCAGACAUAGCCAAAGAUCUGCGAGUUAGAUUCUACCGAGAUGCCGAUGACUUUUGUGAGGAGCAUCCAGACGUUGUGGUUGUCUGCACGAGUAUACUGUCUACUGACGCGACUCUGAGGAACUUCCCUCUACAGAGACUCAAAAGAAGUACUCUUUUUUGUGAUGUGCUAUCAGUGAAACAGUUUCCAAAGCAACUUUUCCAGCAACUCUUACCACCUGAUUUUGAUAUAUUGUGCUUGCACCCGAUGUUUGGUCCGGAUAGCGGCAAGCACGGUUGGAGAGACUUGCCUCUCGUUUUCGAUAAGGUUCGAAUUGGGACCGAACCUUGCAGAGAAGAACGCUGCGCGAGACUCCUUGGAAUUUUUGAGGCUGCUGGCUGUCGAAUGGUGGAGAUGUCGUGUGAAGAACAUGAUCGCCAAGCGGCCUCUUCUCAGUUCAUAACCCAUACAGUGGGCCGAAUGCUCGGUACGAUGGAGCUUACAGAAACAACGAUUAGCACGAAGGGUUUUGAAUCACUCCUAUCACUUGUCGACAAUACCUACAACGAUUCGUUUGAACUCUAUUAUGGGUUAUUCAUGUAUAACAAAAAUGCAACUGCUGAGCUUUCUCGACUUGAGCUUGCAUUUACAAAAGUGAAGGGUGAGUUAUUCGAUCGUCUGCAUGAACGCAUACGAAACGAUAUAUUUGAGGAAAGUUGA